AUGAGCAGUCCGAGGGCCGAUCGACCUGACGAGCGCCUAUCCGAUAAUGCUGCUGCCCGUCGCCAUCCCCAUCCCCAGCGCCAGUCCCGACCCCUCCCACUCAAUCAAGAUGCUGCCCGCGCCUCCCCGGAUGCUGCUGGUCGUGAGUCGGCCACAUCUCCCAGCGUCGCCUCGGACUCUUACAUAGGCUUCCCCUCAGCCGCCACUGAAGUCAGCGACCUCGUCUUUCCUAUCCGCUCCGUGGUCAGUGUCGACAAGUCGAGUUCUAGAUCAGACGCCGACGAACAUGCUUCCUACAACUCCUACGCCGGCUCAGUCGGGACCCCGGUCGCAAGGUCGACCCGAUCAAGACGCGGUACCCUGGAUACCCGUCCCGGCUCUGUGCCUCCAUCGCCCGCUGCCAUGUCGCCUGUUGGCCGCGGCCGCCCUAGAGCAUCCGUUGAGCUAAACUCUAGCGCCCAGACCGAUGGCGCGAGAAUAACCGCCUCAACUGCGCCAAUCGAACUCGACAUUACGGCAUCUGAACCCGGCAGUGAUGUUGAAUCAGGAGCCCUUGGCCGACCUGGGCUCCAGACUGAAGCGGAAAUGUCCUCAGCCCUCUCCGAAGGCCAGUCCUCUACCGACGUUCCCCUCUUCACCACUCGCUUUACGCACAUCGACACCGAGGAAGGCCACGCCAUUAUCACAGGAAAAGACGGUGUGCUACAGCAAUGUGAGGAUGAACCUAUCCAUACCCCCGGUGCUGUCCAAAGCUUUGGAUGUCUGCUUGCCAUGCAUGAGGAGACCGACGGCAAUUUUCUCGUCCGCUAUGUCAGUGAAAACUCAAAGCGCUUUCUUGGAUACUCACCGAGGUCACUGUUUCGCUUAACAAACUUCCUCGACAUCAUGACCGACGACCAACAAGACAACCUCCUCGACCAUGUCGACUUCAUCAAGGACGAGGAUGCUGAUCCUACCAUGAACGGUCCCGAAAUCCUCAGCAUCUCCAUUCGCCACCCCAAAAUUGGCAGAGCAGUUAAGCUCUGGUGUGCUAUUCAUAUCAAUGCCGCUCACCCAGAUCUCAUCAUCUGUGAGUUCGAGCUAGAUGAUGACGUCGAAAACCCUCUGCGGCCGCGCAACGAACUUACACCCGACGUCCCUACCGACACCCUUGAAAGCAAUCCAUCUGAGCAAGCCAUUCAAGAAAGCACAGAGAUCCUCAGCAAGCCUCUGCGAAUUCUCCGAAGCGCGCGUAAACGACGCGGCGAGCAAGGCGCUAUGCAGGUUUUUGACAUCCUGUCUCAGGUGCAGGAGCAGCUAGCGUCUGCAGCCAGUCUCGAGGUCUUCCUCAAAAUCCUCAUUGGUAUCGUCAAGGAGCUCACGGGCUUUCAUCGCAUCAUGAUCUAUCAGUUUGAUUCUAACUUCAAUGGCAAAGUCGUCACUGAACUGGUCGACACCUCUCACACACUUGAUCUUUACAAGGGACUGCACUUUCCUGCUUCUGAUAUCCCUCGCCAGGCCCGUGAGCUCUACAAAGUAAACAAAGUGCGGCUGCUUUAUGAUCGUGAUCAAACGGCAUCGCGAAUCGUCUGCCGCUCACAACAAGAUCUGGAUGUUCCUCUGGAUAUGACGCAUGCCUAUCUUCGAGCCAUGUCACCAAUUCACAUAAAAUAUCUCGGCAACAUGGAGGUUCGUUCUUCCAUGUCGAUUUCCAUCAAUGCAUUCAACGAACUGUGGGGCUUGAUAGCCUGUCAUUCUUACGGUGACCGAGGCAUGAGAGUUUCGUUUCCUGUUCGUAAACUAUGUCGACUAGUUGGCGAAACGGCAUCUAGGAACAUUGAACGACUCUCUUAUGCUUCCCGUCUCCAAGCUCGGAAGCUCAUCAAUACGUCGCCUACCGAUAAGAACCCGUCAGGUUACAUUGUGGCUUCUUCCGAUGACUUGCUGAAACUCUUCGACGCAGACUGUGGCCUCCUCUCGAUCAAGGACGAAACAAAAGUGCUCGGUGUCAUGGAGCACAGCCAAGAGGCAUUGGCCUUACUCGAGUAUCUGCGUAUGAGGAAAGUUACCUCGGUCUUGGCGUCGCAAGAUGUGAAACUCGACUUCCCUGACCUGAGAUAUCGCCCUGGCUUCCAUUUUAUUGCCGGAUUCCUCUAUGUCCCCCUUAGCGUCGGUGGCAAUGACUUCAUUGUCUUCUUCCGCAAAGGCCAAGUCAAGGAAGUAAAAUGGGCCGGGAAUCCCUACGAAAAGAACAUCCGCCAAGGAACUGCUGCAUAUCUUGAGCCCAGAGCAAGCUUCAAAGUCUGGAAUGAAACCGUCAUUGGUAAAUGCCGUGAAUGGGACGAGGAGCAAGUUGAGACAGCAUCUGUUCUUUGCCUGGUAUAUGGCAAGUUCAUCGAAAUUUGGAGGCAAAAAGAAGCCGCGAUACAAAACACAAAGCUUACUCGGCUUUUGUUGGCCAAUUCCGCGCACGAGGUUCGGACGCCGUUGAAUGCAAUCAUCAACUAUCUCGAAAUUGCCCUCGAGGGUAGUCUGGAUAGCGAGACCAGAGAAAAUCUUGUGAGAUCUCACUCGGCGUCCAAAUCUCUCAUCUAUGUGAUCAACGAUCUUCUCGAUCUCACCAAAGCAGAAGAAGGCCAGAACCUCAUCAAGGACGAGGUUUUCGACCUUGGUCUCUGCAUCCAGGAGGCAACAGACCCAUUCAAGAUUGAUGCGGAUAGAAAAGGUCUCUCCUAUGAAGUAUUUCGACACGAUGGCCUACCCAAGUUUGUUCAUGGGGAUACGCGCCGCGUAAGACAAGCCGUAUCAAACGUCACUGCGAAUGCGGUCAAGCAUACCGAGAAAGGUUCCGUCACUAUCAAUAUUCAACUUACGGAACUAGAAGAGAAGCAAGCCACCAUUGAAUUCGAAGUAACUGACACGGGUUCUGGAAUGACUUCUCGCCAAUUGGAUGCCCUUUUUCGAGAUUUGGAACAAGUCAGCGCAACAAUGUCUAACCCAGGAGACUCACACAGCGAAACAGAGAGCUCUCAUUCUUCGAAUGCUCUUGGUCUUGGCUUGGCUGUUGUUGGUAGAAUUGUGCGCAACAUGAAUGGACAGCUCAGGUUGACGUCUGAAGUUGGAAAAGGCUCCCGAUUCAUCAUUCAGCUUCCCUUUCAACUGCCCGACAGCGAGCUUGAUUCUUCCAGAUCGGAAGGAUCGGUAGGACAUGCUGUUAGGCGAGUCUCACAGCGCGACUCGAAGCGACCGGAUGGGGAGAUCACUCUCGUGCAGAGGGGAUUAGGAUCCACCGUCCCUACGUUGAGAGAAAUGAGCAUCGGUAGUGCUAGCCGCCGUAGCGGCAGCCAAGGUAGCCGUGGAAGUCACGAAAGUGGUAAAAGCGAUGCAGACCGUCUUAUUGACGCCAUACAAACACCUUUGUCUGGAGCAAACAAGGACUUUGAGUUUGUCAGCCCCAAGCGACAUUCGAAGGGCAGCGGCAGCCUACCUUCCUCUUUAUCCGGCCAACCCGCUGGUCGCGCGUCACCCGAGGAGCCUCGGCAGGGCAGCUUGACCUCACGACCGCGUUCUGAAGUGGGUUCUGUACUGGUGAAGGAUUCCAAGACCCCCAUUAAGGCUGUCAAGAUACCCGAUGAAUACGGAGCUCAGUCACAAAUCCCAAGUUCAGCACGGCCGACCGAGAAGCUCGUUCUUACUGGUAGUCAGUUCGGACGGGCACGAAAUAACAGCAUCGCACAAGAGAUUCCCUUGAGAGCUCUUAUAGCAGAGGAUGACCCUAUCAACCUUAAGAUUUUGAGAAAACGUCUCGAGCGCGUUGGUCACACUGUUACCCACGCUGUCAACGGCGAGGACUGCGCUGCUAUCUUCAAAUCUAGCACUGCGGGAGUGGACGUGAUUCUAAUGGAUAUGCAGAUGCCCAUUGUAGAUGGAUUGGCGAGCACAAAGAUGAUUCGCUCGAUGGAAAAGGAAUCAGAGCAAGAAGGUCAUUCAGACAUGGCUACGCUCAAUGGAAGGGUACCGAUCAUUGCGGUUUCCGCAUCUUUGGUCGAAAAAGAGCUCCAGACCUAUAUCGAUGCAGGUUUCGACGCCUGGAUUCUAAAGCCCAUUGACUUUAAGAGGCUGAGUGUGUUGAUGGGGGGCAUCCAUGACGAUGAGGCUCGGAACUCGAGCGUAUACGUGCCAGGACAGUGGGAAUCGGGCGGCUGGUUCUGCAGCCGAUCAUCGGCUGAAGCACAGAGCGGUUCAUGA